AUGGUAGAUCUGAAGCGCUUUGGUGGUCAAGAUGAAAAAGGAAACAUGAUACACAUCUCUCUCAGUUUUCUUGGUCGGACAGCGCCCCCUGGCGGCAGGUGGAGGCCCGCGCAGCGCGUGCUAACGAGCCCCCGGCGCCGCUCGCGGAUUGGCUGGUGCGGAUUCCAGCUGCUUUCCAAGUCGGAGGCCCAGAGUGAGGGUCAGGGGGGCCCGGCCCGCGCCCUCCGCGCCCAGCCGCCUCCCCGUCCACGCCCAGGGCUGGGGCGGGCCCGGCUGCCUUUCAGACUUGGGGGGCUUCUCCUCUUGUCUCCCACUGGUGCUCUGGCUGUGAAUCCAUCCAGGGGCCAGGAUGACAACCCGACACCAAGGCCAGCAGUACAGGCCGAGGAUGGCCUUCCUCCAAAAGGAUUCCAAGCUGUGUCCUCGGCCUGGAGACUGGGACAGAGAUCGGGCCACCCCAGCCCGAGUCACACAAGAUUGAAACCAGUAAAAAAACAUGCAGAACAAAAGAUGGCGACCGAAAUCCAAAGCCAGGGAGCCUGAAAAUCAGAGGGUGUUACAACAUAACAGGCGGUUACAGGCCAUGGCUCAGGCUAGGCCUGGAAUAGACUGUGGUUCUCUUCUACAAAUCAAUCUAGACUGGACAGACAGAACUCUGAGGGAGGAAAGAAAAUGAAUCUGAUGUUACUUUUGGAAACCACAUUUUCUGAAGUCACGAUUUUUAUAUAUCAACUGAUCAUUUUUAUGUAUCUAUCAAUAUGAUUUUCUGAUCUUAUGUUUUCCUACUAAUGUGAUAAAUUACCUUGAUGGAUUUUAGAAUAUUAAAUCACCUUUGUAUUCCUGGAAUAAAUCCUAAAUGGAUGUUUGAUUUUUGCUAAU